AAAGUGCCAGGCCAGCCUGUGGAAAUUAUCUUUGGUCAAUCGAAAUCAAUUUGCUCGAUGUAUUUGGAGGAUCCGGUUGGCAGAGAAGGUGACUGAUAUCGCGAUAGAGGAACGAAAGCGGAGAGCAGGGCCGUAUCUGGGGUAGGAAGAGAGGAAGCAAGUGCUAGGCAGGAGUUACGAGAAGGGGUUGCACGGGGUGAGAGAAAGCCACGAGAGGGGGCGAGAGAGCGAAGGCGCUAGGGUUCAGAGGGGAAAGAAAGAGGAACGAUCGAGAAUUCUCCGGCCGAAGCGAAGCGAUGGCUCGCGCUUGCGCGUCCCAGUAGCAACGCACUGGCACGUAAUGCCAUUCGGCGGAGCCAGUUCGACGCCAAGCGCCGCGACGCUAUGACGUCACUGGUUCGCGUUUUCUAGCGAUCGUUUCUCGACGACGCCGCCAAUCGAGGAUGGACUGAUGCCCGAGAUCUUCGGACGAACCGAUCCGCUUCGCGACCGAUCUAAAUUCGAUAGAUCACCCCCGACUCUUCGAACAGCUUCGUCGUGGAAUACGAAGAAGUUAGCGGAAGGAACGUCGCCGUGGAAAAAGCCCUCGAAACCUUGAGAAAAAGUCGAGGAACCGUUUUCCCGUGAAACCGCAACAGCUAGCGAGGGAAAUCGAGAGCCUCUUUGGUGCGUGCGGCACGGAACUCGGAUUUCACGGAUCGAUUCUCCGUCUCCUUUAACCUUCCGCGUGUCCAGAUCUGGAUCAAUCGAAUCGCCCUUAAAGUUCGAAACGUGCAGCAUCGAUUCCUGUGAUCUCGAUUGGUAAUUCGCCAGCUGAAAUCCGCGAAUCGCCAAAGAUGCGAGCCGCACGGUGAGACUCUGUUCGAAGCCCGAGAAAAAUAAUCGACCAGGGACGAGCGAUAAAGUGAUACAGUCGCUCGUGCCGAGGAAAGAGGACUCUCUCGAGAAACAUGGGCAAGAAGAAUAGCAAACUGAAGCAGGAUACCAUCGAUCGACUCAUGAGCACGACGUAUUUUACCGAGAAGGAGAUUCGGCAAUGGCACAAAGGAUUCCUGAAGGACUGCCCCGACGGCCAGCUGACGGAACAGGGUUUCAUAAAGAUCUACAAGCAGUUCUUUCCACAAGGUGAUCCAUCAAAGUUCGCCUCGCUCGUCUUCAGGGUCUUCGACGAGAACAGCGACGGCACGAUAGAAUUCGAGGAGUUCAUAAGGGCGCUAUCGGUGACGUCGCGCGGCAACUUGGACGAGAAACUCCAUUGGGCAUUUCGGCUCUACGACGUGGACAACGACGGCUUCAUCACGAGGGCGGAGAUGUACAAUAUCGUCGAGGCGAUAUACGAGAUGGUGGGUCAACAGCCACACGCGGAAGACGAGAACACGCCGCAGAAGAGGGUGGACAAGAUCUUCGAUCAAAUGGACAAAAACCACGACGACAAGCUGACCCUCGAGGAGUUCCGGGAGGGUAGCAAGGCCGACCCAAGAAUCGUGCAGGCGUUAUCACUGGGCGGGGAGUAAUGCUAAUCUCCGUCGGGGCGAAACGAUUCACCGAUCGUUCGAAAUCGGACGAUCGUGUCGUCGCCCCGAACACUCCAGUCGUCGAAGCGAAUAGUGGAAAAUCAAUCGUUCGAACGAUAAGGAUAAGCGAAGCGAGCGACCUCGAGCCAACUCCUCCGUAACAGAUCAUGCAGCCGGCGUACACGCAUACGUAGGUAUACACGCAUCGACGCGGCACGAGGCGACUAUUUUCGACAAUUUCUUCUCCUCUCUCCCAUCGCAGAAACGAUUUUCUUCCCGUUUGCACGAUUCUACCGAAAUUCCGUAGAUAAUCGUCGUAGAUGAUCGUCGAGUCCAAUUUAAAAAGAAAAUGCACCUUGUUGCAGGUACGUAUUCGAGUAGAUUUAGAUGUUUCAGGCUCACUUCUCGAUCCUCUUACGCCAUACCGAAGAGUACAAGAGCGUUUAAAGCAUCCGCUCCCGUAGCCGACUACAUUCCAUUUUUAAAUUGGAUCGUACCGAAAAUCGCGCGACGGUAUCCCUAGAAAGCGUGCAAGUAUCGCGUAGUGGAUGUCGAGUAGUCGUUAGUUUUCUAGUUCUUUGUACCCAACCGAAUCGUCGACUAUUUUUGUACGAACGGCGAACGAAGCGAACAACGAGAAUACAACGCAUGCUUGGCACCUAUUCCUCGAUCAAAGUUUCAUUCGGUCUACGUUAUUGCUGGUUAUUAACGAAACUUUUCUCGUACGCGACCGCUGCUUUCCGACGAAUUUAAUCAAACCAGCUAUUUCAUCCUCAACUUUAAAAGCAAUUUUCGCGUGAUCAACGAAACGGAAUUAGACUAGAGUUUCGUUGUUACGUGUAUCGUUUUUAAGUAUAGACGCGCGAGAACUCGGAAUUCGUAGAAACGGAAACGUCACCGUCGAAAUGCAUCGCGGGCAGGCGCGGGGAUUCGAGUAAUCGAACCGCGAAUAAAGGCGCGAGAGAAACUGCGACGUCGAUCACAAAGAAGAAACUUGUAGCUGUCGCGCGGCUUCCACGCGCGCGUGCUCGAACCAAAGAAACCAGCGAAGUUGCGGUUGAAAUAAUAAUAGAAAAGAGGUAGACGAAGGCAGGCGUGGAGAGCGAACGCGUGCCGAGUACAUUGUCUGUUUAUCGAUUCCGUGCAGAGCUUACGCGUGAAACUUUUACUCGAGAACUUAUCGUAGAUCGCUGUACCGUGCUCGGUGAAAAGUUGUACGCUCGCGUGGCUACCAUUCUGCCAAUUUUCGAGCCAGCGAACAAUUGUUUCGACCGUUCUAUUUCGUGUACACGAGUCAACACUUUUAUCGCGACGGGCCAGUUACGGUUUCAUUUGCAUUUUUAUGGGAUCCGGACUACGGUAACGCCAAUUUUCCCGUCACUUUUUUUAAACCUUACUCGCGUCGCUCGAUCACUCCGUUGCGCUCGACGAUCUCCGCUUAAGAUCCUUAUCGUUGUCCGCUCGCGAUGAUUUUUACGCGGCGCGUCCGUAAUAAAAAAGCGCGUUGAAAGGGAUGGAAACGGAGGGCGGGCGGGGAUGAAAGAGGACAGGAAGUGAUUAAAGCGAGAGGGAGGUGGAAAGGGUGGGCAUUUCUCCUAGCCUUU